AUCAAAGUGUAAUUUCCGAGUGCGUAGAACAGUCGCUGGUUAUCAUUUUCUUUGUUAUUUAGAUUUUUUCGAUAGUCACCUUCUGCACCAGUGAGUGUAAAGGCAGACUAAAGAACGAUCGCGCUUUUCUGAAAAAACUGUUCGUGUUCACAUCUACCUUGUUCAAAAUGAAGGCAAUCGUUGCGGGCACUUUGUUGUUGUGCACUUUCGCCCUUGUCAAAGGCGAAGAAUUGCAAUGCUCCCACAAGCAAGAAGAGCUCAAGACCGACCCAAAUUGGACUGACAUGAAACAUUCAUGCAUUAACAGCAUGCGAACGCAAAUCCAAGCUGAACUGCGAGCCGCCAUGCAGUACCUAGCCAUGGGGGCCCACUUUGCAAGGGACACCGUCAACAGGCCCGGAUUCGCCAAGAUGUUCUUCGAGGCGGCCUCUGAAGAGCGGCAACAUGCCAUCAAACUUAUUUCCUACUUGUUGAUGAGAGGCGAGCUUAUCUCUGACGUCAGCACUUUAAUUGAUAGCUAUAUUGGUGUUGAGAAAACCGAAUGGGAGUCGGGAUUGGAAGCUUUGAAAAAUGCUCUCCAGCUGGAAGCUCAAGUCACUAAGAAGAUUAAGGGGGUCGUUAAAGUCUGCGAGGACCAACCUGGACCUAAUGAUUGGCAUUUGGUUGAUUAUCUGACUGGGGAAUUCUUGGAGGAGCAGUACAAAGGGCAAAGAGAUAUCGCUGGAAAAGUAUCCACACUCAGCAAAUUUAUGGAUAAACAUGGAGCUCUUGGCGAAUUCUUGUUUGAUAAGAAACUCCUCAGUGGAGAAUUGUAAAUUUUGUAAUGUUCAUAGCAUAGCCAUAGUUUUUCCACUUACAUAAUCUUUGUGAUAAUUCAAAUUCAGUUUGUAUUUUAUAGAUUGUAAUAUCCGUUUCGUUACAUGUUUAUUAAAUAAAGCUAUCUUUAAACAAA